CUGUGACGUCAGCAUUGACAGCCAAUCAACGCUUCGGCGUCGCAGUGUCACCGUUGACCUCGCACAACCAUGGCGCUACUCUGCAGAUCCACAGGGUUACUUCUCAAAAACAGCAAACUGCUACCCUCUGCAUUAGCAGCAACAAGGCAAUGCAGUUCAGGUGGCCAGUAUCAGUAUAUACUGGUUGACAAAAAAGGUGAAAAGAAGAAUGUCGGUUUCAUCCAACUGAAUAGACCAAAGGCCCUGAAUGCUCUUUGUGAUGGGCUUAUGAUGGAGGUGGGCAAAGCCCUUGAUGCAUUCGAGGAUGACAGAGAAGUGGGAGCAAUUGUCGUCACAGGGAGUGAAAAAGCCUUUGCAGCUGGAGCUGAUAUUAAAGAGAUGCAGAAUCGAACCUUUCAAGAGUGCUAUGGUGGAAACUUCUUGGCACAUUGGAACCGGGUAUCAACAGUCAAAAAGCCUGUUAUUGCUGCUGUCAAUGGGUUUGCGCUUGGUGGAGGAUGCGAGUUUGCCAUGAUGUGUGAUAUAAUCUAUGCUGGGGAAAAGGCACAGUUCGGACAGCCAGAAAUCUUGCUCGGGACCAUUCCUGGUGCUGGUGGCACUCAGAGGCUUACAAGAGCAGUGGGAAAAUCCCUUGCGAUGGAGAUGGUUCUCACAGGAGACCGAAUCUCAGCUCAGGAGGCCAAACAGUCUGGUCUGGUAAGUAAAGUAUUUCCUGUGGAUCAGCUGGUUUCAGAAGCGAUCAAAUGUGGAGAGAAAAUAGCUGGCAAUUCCAAAAUUGUAUCAGCCAUGGCAAAGGAAGCUGUUAAUGCAGCAUUUGAACUGACUUUAGCCGAGGGCAGUCGACUUGAGAAAAGAUUGUUCCAUGCAACCUUUGCUACGGAGGACAGAAAAGAGGGCAUGACUGCCUUUGUCGAGAAGAGAAAGGCUGCUUUCCAGGACAAUUAAAAUUCCGGUGGAAAAAUAUGGUGAUGUUUAGUUUGUGAUCUAAUGUUGAUAUUAAAGUACUCUACUUUGCCUUAAUUUCCUAUUUAGUGUUUAUGAAAAAAAAACAUCCAGAUUUAUGUAAUUGGGCUGUCAGAUGUGUAUACCUGAAGUUUCACAUUUUAUUAUAUUAUUAUCACUUUGAAAUCUUUGCUGAUACACCAUCGAUGGAUCCAGUACAUUAAUUUCUGUGUGAUUGAAACACUAAAUAAUGCAUUGUAAUAAACAUUUGAACAGUUCAAACGAGAAAAUGCCAUUGCUAUAGCCUUCUUAAACUGUUUGUAAUUACUGUACAACUCUAUGUAAGAUUUUGCAAAAAUCCUCUGAUUUGACUGCAUGCUGUAUCUGGCCAUUCUUUGGCUCAUUCAUUCAUUCAAUAAAGACCGCGCAAUUACACUUUGUACACUCAA